CCUAACAGUGAUUUCGGUGGAUUGGCCCAGACGGAAGGAUUUCGGCGGGUGCAGUUGACUUAAACAUUUUGUUCUUUCUUUAAAGUGACAAUGAUGAACUUUUUAAAUUACCUGCAAGAUUCCAACUUGGUUGCCAGCUUUCAAAAAUGUUGUGGCUUGUUUCCAGAAGCUGUGCCAGGUAACGAGUACCUGUGCGAGGACAAGGGAAGCGGGACGGAGUCAAAUGGAAGAGCACAAGAACAGAACAAAAAUAACGCUAAGACGCUGAAAGAGUGUGCCGACGGGGAUGUGCGCCACAGAACUGAAUCCUCCCAAAAUGAAAACGGCAAUGGAAACCACAGGAAUGGAAUUAAUGGUAUUGUUGAUAAGAAAUCCUCUCCCAAGUACGUUGUGAAGAAUCGCUUCCUCUAUUGCCUGUUUCGAUUCGCUGCUGCUCUUGGCCAGGAGGUCUUCUACAUCACUUUCCUUCCCUGUACCUACUGGAACUUUGACCCUUAUGUUUGCAGAAGGCUGGUGGGCAUGUGGGCGAUUGUGAUGUAUGUUGGCCAGGUGUCAAAGGAUCUCCUAAAAUGGCCUCGCCCCUUCUCCCCCCCGGUUGUGAAGCUGGAGACCAGGGUGGACUCGGAGUACGGCAUGCCAUCCACCCACGCCAUGGCAGCCACCAGCAUCUCCUUCACUUUCCUGCUCUGUACGAUGCACAGGUACAAGUAUCCAUUUGAGUUGGGCUUGGUGGUUGCAGUAGUCCUGUCUGCUUUGGUGUCCCUCAGCAGACUCUACACUGGAAUGCACACUGUACUGGAUGUGAUCUGCGGUGUCCUUAUUACUGCUCUGGUGAUGGCACCUACCUACCCUUUCUGGGAGGUCUUGGACCACCUGCAGCUCACCAGCCCCUACACCCCUGCUUUUGCCGUGGUCGUGCCCUUUCUCAUGAGCUACUACUACCCAAGGCUGGACCAUUAUAGCCCGACCAGGGGUGACACCACAACUAUCCUUGGAGUUUGGACAGGAUGUACCAUUGGAUUUUGGAUCAACUUCCAGCUUGGUGAAACCAACAAGCUUACUGGGGCCAUGCCCUUUCACCUUCCGCCAGUCACACUGGCAGCUCUUCUGCUUGCCUGUGCUCGGUUCCUGGUUGGGAUUGUCGUGUUAGUGGUUACCAGGCAUGUGGUAAAGAGCCUAAGCCUUCAGACACUUGGUGCCUGGUUUGAGAUUUCAACCCAGGACACGGAGGUCAGGCACAGACUAGAAAUCGAAGUGCCGUACAAGUUUGUGACCUACUCUUCCAUAGGCAUCGUUGCUACGGUCCCAGUGCCAAUGAUCUACAGCUUUAUGGGAUUAUUGUAAUGCAGAUUGUCAUUUGUUGUUCCUUGAAAACCUUCUGAUUGUGGUGUAAUUUUUUUUUUUAAGGAGACAAAAAUAAGUAUUUUUCAAAUGUUAUGAGUUAUAUGGCUCAAUUUAGUGCAAAGUUUACCACCCCUUUUACCAGAAAGGAAUAAAACUUGUACAACUAACAAAGUCACAGGAAUACCUGGAAUGGAUUGAAAAAAAUUUAACUUUAAGACCUCUGGUUGGUUAAUGACUUACAAGGUUACACUUAGCAAUAAAAGCUAUUUUAGUAUUACAACCUAAUCACUUUUUUAGGUAAAAAUAAAUAAAUAAAAAAACCUACAAACAGUAGUGUAUGUGUAGAUAACAAAUAAAUAUGCUUUAUUAUAUCUGAAUUUACUUUUAAAAUGAAAACCUCUUUUACUGACCUUGUGUCUUCGUUGGGUUUUCAUAAUGCUUAUCAUGAAAUGAUCUAAUAAACAGGAAUCUGGGCAGACUGUGUUAGGACCUAAGCACAGUGUCAUUUAUCUUGAAUAGCAGCUGUCUAUCUAUACAUGCCUCCAUAUGAUUGGAUAAAACAUCCACAAUGGUUACAUCCUGCGUAACUAUAAAUGUUAAUGCUUUUAUGAUCCAGACUUCUUUUUAAAACUUGUAAUAUACAACCUGGAUAUAAAACUGUGAAGCCGCUCUUAAAAUUCUGUAAACACUAUCUACCAAGGGUGAAACCAUGCAAUAAACCUUAUGGAGCAUUACUAUUAUCAUUAAAUGAAUACUUGUCUAACUCCAAUACAGAGUUGUCUAUUUAAACCAACAAAUCUGUCCAUUAGCAUUCCUUUUCCAUCCAGUGAUAAGACUGGCACAGUACCAGCAAUUGCGAUGAUGCAAAUUCCUACUGCAUUUGUGUGUUCUGUCUGGUAUGUGGAGCUUUGUGCCUGCAUAAACACUUGACUGACAAAAAACUAGUCCUUAGACAACAAAUUCAGGCUAAAUUUUUUUUUUUUUUUAUUGUUACAUUUCAAUAAUUCCUGAUGUUUAUUCAAACCAACCUGGACAUGCACAUUAAAAUGUAGGUGGACAUUAACUAAAAAUGCAUUUCAGACAUAUUUCAAAGCCUUCCAAUAGCUGUGAUGAUGUUUUCUUAAUACCAUAAAAUGCUACAGUGCUUCAUUACCGUAAUGAUUGGGGGCCCUCCACCAACAAUAACCUAUCACGUUUCAGUAAGCGUCACGGAUAGAAUGCAGAAAAUGUUUCUAACAGCAGAACUCGACACAGUAUUCCUUGAGUUUAUUAAAUAUUUAAAAGGAGAGAUUGAUGCUGUCAGCACAUGCUCUUCAGC